AGUCGCGUACAAUAUGACAUAUACUUUUUGUUGUAAUAUUUUUAUUUUCAUUUUCUUCACUUAUACAAACCAGAUUAAAUGUCAUAACUUAAUAAAUAGAUGCCUCAUAUUCGUGUGUACCAUGUGAUAACUAGUACCAUUACAGUUCUAUUAGCUGAAUCUUCAAUAAAGCUACAAUUUGGAUGGAUCAACAGGCUAUAAAUUAAUUUCGAAAUAAACAACGACAGUGAAUUAGGAUUCAGACUGGGCUAAGAAGAGAUUUUUACACUUCCUUCUUUAGGAGGGCCCUAGCUGCGUUGAACAUCAGAUGUUUUCCCAAGAUUCACGAUGAAGUUAUAUGGAAUUAUUUUUUGUAUAGCUUUACUAGAUAGCUGGCAAGAUCUAUUCGCUAAAUCUACAAAACUAAAUUUGUCAUCGUCAAAAAAAGCAAAGGAAAUUGUAAAACGAAAUAUAAUUUCAUGUCACAGACAAUCUCGUCUUGCAAGAUGUGAUUUAGGUAACUUUAUCAGCGAGCGAGGAUGCAAUCAAACCAAUUUUUGCCCAACAUUUAUGGUGCCAUUGGAUGGAAGGAAAGAUCAAGAUAUUAUGUUAGAAUUCUUUGCAAUCACCAAAAAUACAAUCCCAACAGUAAAAGCUAUUUUCACAGAAGAGAAAUAUAAUGGUGCAAAACGACAAGGCUUAUUCAAAAGAUUGAAACGUCUCCUAUUGUGUUUCAAACGGCUAGCAGUUGUCCUUCAAAGUAGUGUGAAGUUUUUUCAAGAAAAAGCAGAAGAAAGAACGCCAAUGAUAUUCCUGCAAUCCAAACUAGAUACAACACGUGACGUGUUCCACAAAUUUCCCAUCACUGACACAUGCCCAACCACAGCACCGUUAUCAAAUGAUUUACAAAUGUUUGCCGUUUUGGAAGAAGUGGAGAUCACGUUGGUUAGAAUGCACUUAAGAUUGAUGUAUAGUUUAUUAUAAAAGAGAAAUAUUUAUUAAAUUUUUAAAUACAUGUUUGUCGUAGUAAAACAA